AUGAAAGUUGGGGUGUCUGUGGCCUCCCUUCUCUGGAUCCCCUCCAUUCUGUUGGCCUUGGAGGACAUCACCGACCUCGACGCUAUGAGUAGGUCAUACUUUGGUUAUGGUCAUUUUUACUGUACUCUCAGAUUAUUUAUCUUACUGUAGUAUCUGGUGUUUUUAUUAAUCUUACUGUACUUUCAGAUGUUUUUAUCGCACAAAAAUUUGACCCUGGAGACACAACUCGGUAAGCCUUUGCGGUCACUCAAAAACCAUUUUGUAAAGCAGGAUUUUAUGAUAAUAUCAUCUUUUAAAUCACACUUCGCGGCUCAUUUUAGGUUAAAAUUUAUUUAAGGUAAUAAAAUCAGUGAGUUACUUCAUUCACCAUAAUACAAACUAAUAAAAAGUUUUCAUUUUCAGAGAAAAACACAAGAGUAAUUACCGUAUGGCUCCGACCAGAAAGAUGAAUACAGAGAUUACAGUACCUCCAGACAACUUUGAUUGGGCUUAUCAGAAGCUGAACGAGACCAUAUUUCAUCAAGCUGUUAACUUUAAAACAAGGAAUGAUGUAUGUUCAGAUUCAAAAGAUGAUCUACUUAAUUUUAAAAAUUUACAGUAGUUUUUCUUUUACAAUAUUUAUAUUUUUUUACCAAAUGAGACUUAAAAUAACUUCAGGAUACCUACCCAUCCCUGCCAACUUUUGCCUUCAACGACGACCCCACUCCAUUGACAGAAACUGACCAACCCGAGAACAAGACGAUAUCCUUCAGAAAUCGAACUCUCUCGUUAUCGGCUUCAGAUGACAUCUCUGGCUACAUUCCACGGACAACAACUCGAGAACCAUUCUUUGUGCAGGAGAGUCUUCAGACGACCGAGAGGAUUCACAGAGACACAGCACGAUACCCACUUGAGAACAGAUCGUACGAUGAGGUCGAUGAGAACACCCCGCCACCCCCACCACCUCCAGAUUGGGCCGUGAAGAUGAUGUUGUCUUCCAAGUUCGACGAAGUCAUCGCUUCUGACAACGACGUGACAGAAGAACCCUUCGAAGUGACAAAUGCCUUGGAGAACGCUCUGACGAGUACUCUGGACGAUGUUGUCACAACUACCGACUGGUCGGUCAGUCAGGCUACAGAAGUGCCCACGAUGAAGAUGUAUCCCUGGGAAAUGCAGAGGGGCGACAUCAACGUGCACGAUAUUGCAGAAGGCCAGCCUCCCUCCGUAGCCAACCCCACCUUCAUGCCAGUUUCCAUCAGAACUCCGAAGUACAAGAACGAAAUCACGGACAAUGUUUUGAUCCCUCAGGAGAUGCCUUCUGACGUCGAUCUUCCAAAAGUCUACACCAUUGGGCCACGAUUGAUCUUGCCCCAGUUACCCACAGAGCCUACAAGGCCCAUUCCUCCUGUAGCUCCACCAACAUUGAUUAUGAAGCCUAGCUACGGAGAAAGAGCUGGGGUUUCAGAACGACCGGGCUACAAUGAAAGAAUUAGCUACACAGAAAAGCCUGGCUACAUCGAUCGUCCUACACCACCGCCACAAGACAGAAAUAACUUUAGGCCAAACUUUUCUGUCCCUCAAGCUACACCAACGUUCACGAUAGACGACGAUCUGUUUAACGAUGGAUCAAGGAAUGAUCAGUUUCUCAGUCCAACAGAAUAUACUCAGAAGCCGGCUCCUCAAAGUUCUUUACUUCAAAGACCCUCACUUCAGAAUCUUCAGAAUCCGUCACAUCAAAACCCUUCUGUACGUAACCAAGGGUCUUUUUCACAAAAAGCAGACUUUGCUCCUUCUGAUAAUAACUUAACUCCGUCAGGAAACAAGAAGAUCACUCAGAAUCCGAACUACUUCACUCCAACUUCAUUUCCAUCAUUCAUCCAGGAGCCUACUGUAACAACGGAGGACUACGGUAGAACUGACAGUUUUGAAAGAUUAUCGACCAAAGCCUACAACUUGCCGUUCGGUGAUUCUGGGCCGUCACGACCUCCUGGAACUCAGAUUCACGAAUCUUCUGGCCCUCCAGGGAUUGGAUUCGUCUCGGCUCCACCUUCGUUCGGUCCUCAUCAUGUUUCUGUUACAGUACCUCCACCAACUUCUACUACUCCUUAUUAUACUGAAGUAAGAUUUUGUUUAAAGUUUCUUGGUCAAAAAGUAGAUGGAAUGAUUACAUAGAAUGAAGUGUGUCCAAUAAUAUUAUAUUAAUUUUUAUUUUAGGUAUUAAUUCCAAAACACGCGACGUCAGACUUCCGAGGCUACAGCCCCGACCUACGACCACGAACCUCGAAUCCAACUACACGACCUCAGACUCUGGAGCCUUUUACUAAACACCUUGACCAUAGGGUUGGAGUCUUUGGAAGAGGACGGACGAUACCUACUAAGGUGUACGAUCCAAACAAGUCUUCAUCGUACUUCUCUUCCGUGCAAGACAGAAGUCAGAUGAAGCUUCUGAAUCACCAAUACCCACCUUUGAAGCUGAAUAGGGUUACCGAGAAGCCGAAGAAACACCACGGUAAGGUACAGGAUACUCUGUCUAUUAGGUUGAUGUAACAUAACAUAGUAAUAGUUAAGUAUAAUAUUAACAUGCUAAAUUUAACAAAUUGAACAUAUCAUUAUGGUAAUAGCAAGUCGUUAAAAUACAGUUUUUACGAUUUUUCUAUCAACUUACUGAACUGUGACAUAAUUUUAUGAUGUAAUAUUUAAGAUGACCCCCAAUUCCUUCAAACGACUCCAGCCUAUAAUGGCGCCGUCGUGUUCAGAAUUCCGAAACCCAUCAAACUGAGCAUGUCUCGCGCAGUAAAGACCAUGCCUGUAAUGGUAGGCAUGCCCAAGAACUACCUCCACAAGAGACUUGGCCUGACUCCCCAGCCCUUCUUCCACGUCCCAAAACAAAAGGACCAGAAGGUCAAGGCCUGGAAGUCUUUGGGACCUCUCAAUUGGGUACCAAUUGGACUGGGACCUCCGAAAAGACUAGGAGCAGUGAAGCUUGUGCCAAUCACAACUAAAACAGACAAUAUUGAAGUAGAAGUACUGCACGAUGACACGAAACAAGAGUUGUGCAAGAUCGACGAUCAAGUGGACGACUUCCAAGACAUCCGAGAUUCACAUCGAGAUUACGUCAAGAAGUGCUUCAGGAGGGUGAAGAACUGCCUGCUGAUGGACGCGGUGCCAUUGGAGAGGAGGAUCAACUACAAAGAAGACCAGUGCAUCAACUUCUGUGGACAGUGAGUUCUACUGUAAUAUAACUGAUAAAGACAGUUAUAUAACGGUAUAUUAAUAUAAUAUAUUGAAUUUUAUUAUAUUAAGUGGUUUGUUAAUUAUUUUACAAAAAUUUUAGUCAUCCUUAUUGUCAAUCAGUUGCUUAUUCAAAAGUGAUGUCAAUUUGUGACAUUUUUGACAAAAGAAAUGGCACUGGUCCUAUUAGGACCGUGAAUUACAUUGGUACUACUUACUACGAAGCCCUCAACUCAGUAGCAUUGGAUUGUUGGAGAGGUAAAACUCGGUGCUUUAAAUCGUACUGUUUACAGUAUACUUAUUUUUAACAUACCUUAGAUGGUAGAUUUUAGCAAAAAAUACCGUAUCCCACAGUCUUUAAAAAUUUAAUUUUCAGAUGGACUGAAUACCUUAUUUUACACAAAAGCUCCUUUGCCUGCAGUUUUAGUGGAUUCAAAGUAAGUUACCAUCGUAUUUUACAAUAUUUUCUGUAGCGAUGCAUCUGGAGAAGAAGAACGACGGCGACAAGUUACCAAAGCUACCAGUAAUCCAGUCAUGAUAGCUCCUAAGGGUAAGUAUAACUUUUAGCCAUAUAUGUCUAGAGAAGCUACCUCAUAACCGUUAUAAAUCUUGAAACUGUCAUCGUCAAUAUCACCAAAACUUUAUCUAUAAAUGACCAUAAACUGAAAUUGUUUUAGACUACUGCUCCACGAACCAAGACGUGCUUCUGAUGAAGUCAGUCGGCUUCAGAAUCCGUGCAGUUGGGGUGAUACCGUUACCUCAGAAUUCUUCAGAGACCGAGUGUGUAUUCUCUUGUUUAGUUAACCUUGCCCGAGGGCAUAUACCAUACAAGUGUUCUGCAGCAUCGUACUCGAAUGAAGCCGGCUGUCUGAUAUACAAGUCCAAUCCCAAAGCACAUCAGAAUCUGAUCCCAGCGGAUUCUUAUACCCACUAUGAGAAGACUUGCGUGUCUAGUAAGUUACUGUGUAUCCUAGUGUACUGUAUUUGAGAUGCAUAUUGCUCUGUUCUGUUGUAUUUACUAAUGUGUAUGUACUAUGAUUUUUGAUUUUAUUGUGCCUAAUAGAGAUUUUUUAAAGCCUAAAGUUUCAAAAGUUAAAGUAAUAUUAUUCAAGGGAGCAUGGUAGAGUUAUGUAAAGGAUAUCCCAUCGUACGGCAGCCACAAAGAGUUCUACUUGGCUUCACAUCUGUCACGGUGAAGGCCGGGAAUCUGAUGGACUGUUUGGAGAUGUGUUUUGUCGAUUUCCAAAAGAACGGUGGAUGCAAAUCCGUAAUGUUCUUCUAUGAGGUCGGCUGUUACUAUAAUAUGUUGUUUGUUUGAUCUCUUCAAGAUGCCCUUUUAAAACAUUUAAUUUACUUUUAAAUGCUCUUACAUACCAAUUAUAAGUUGCGUAACCCAAAUGAUGUUUUAAAUGUAACCAUGUUGUAGGAAAAGGAAAGUAAUUGUGUGUUCAACAAUGAAAGCGCCGUAACGCAGCCGUCGUAUUUUACUGAGGAAAACGACAGUCCCGUGGAUUACGCAUCGUUCGAGAACUGUGUGGAGGAGGUAAUGAAAGAAGUUCGGCACUCGUCUUUGGUGAGUAAUUGCUCCGUACAACCUUUCUCGAUGUACUAUAAUAUAUCUUGUAAUAUUGCAGCGGUCACAACAAUAUCGACAUCAAGAAACGCGCAAAAAGCAGGGCAAAUUGAGAUCCUCCGAAAAGGUAAUACCACUUUAAACUGACUGUAACUGUUUCAGCGCGUUACGGUAAUGUCCACCACCUCGGCAACCCUGCCGCCGCCCGUGAUGCCUCGAGGCGUGUUCUUGUCGGUGGGCGGGACGAAAGAAAUCGUAAGUUCUUUAGAAUUUGAAUAUUUUUUAUCACUCGCGCCUUGAGUAUAAUAUUUUGAUUAAAAUUCAAAUCGUAGUUGAAUACUGUAAUCAAAAACCCCCUUUGAUAUCUUUUCCCUUUAUUACGGUACUUAACAUUACAACAACUACUGUUUUAAGUCGAGUACGCGCCACAAACUGUUCAUGGACAACAACAACAUGCGACGACACUCUCGACCAUUGUCUCGACCUCAUUACACUGACGAGGCCUUCUCCUGA